AUGGCGCGUACGAAACCACCUGCCAGGAAGGCAGGCAAUCGUGGUGCACAGGCGGCCAAAAAUCGCAACAAACACAAGAUGGUGCUCGAUAUAACCUCCAAGGACAAGGGAAAGCACUUACAAAGUGGCGUAAGAAAGACUGUCGCUGCUGCCAGUGGUACUGCUCACCCGCGUCACCAGAUCGCCUUCAAGGCAGAGCCCCCUCCCGGUUACACUUUUAUUCCCGCAGGAAAUCCAGAGCUUACAGCGGCUCUCAAGGAGUUUUCUCGACAAGGAGAUCAUAAGAUCUUUGCUGUCACGACCACCCCACAUGCUGCUCGACAUGAGCUUUCUAGAGAGGUACAUCGAAUCGGUUUUCAUUUCCCUACUCAAGUCGUUUCCCAAGUGUGUAAUUACUAUGGUAUUCGCCUCACAAGUGGAGGAAAGGUGAUUGAUGAAUCCAAAGAGGACAAAAUGUUCUCUCAUGUAUAUUCCAAAGGGGGCCGACCCAAAGCAAAUGAUGAACCCAAGGACCAGAUUACCAUCAACACUGAGGCAAAACAAACCAUCAAAGAUUUAUUUCCCAAUAUCCCGGACAAGGAUCUAUUCCAGAUCAUCAAGACUGCAUUCCAAUUAGGAGACAAUAAAGUUGGCACUGCACAGGAAAUCCCCCAAGUUCGACGAGCUCAGUUAUCCGUUGUGGCACAUAUUCGACAUGUCUACACUGACUAUGAUAGGCUGUUGAGGCAAGUGGCAUAUAAUGAUGCUCGACAUACUGUGGAGCAGGCCACACUUGCCAAACUUGUCGAGUGGCGUGGUGAUGAUGAUCAAGCGGACGAAGCCGCCAAGCAUGCAGCCGCUGAUGCUCUUCGCGAAGUUAUUGUUAUCUCUGACGAGGAUGAUAGCGACAGUGAAGGUUCUUAUGAGCCAAUUGCUCAGGCAGACCUACGAGUCGAAGAACUUCCUUCAUCAGCCUAUACCUCUGCUCCUGGCCGUCAUAUGACCCCUGAUUCUGGAAUUCGCUAUCCGACAUGGCAUAAUCGCAACCUUCCACAAGCCGUUCCCCAUCACCGACCCACUCAGGACGAGGUUGCUCAACGCGACCUGAGUAGGUAUGCUGUCUGGGACCAAGCUAAACAAGAUUAUCGUUCUAGUGUUGUUCAAAAGCCCCCAACGGUUCUGGAGAGAAUCUAUGAACCGGAAAUACUCCCACGAUCUCGUGUUCUUGUACCCCUUGACCCUCCAGUCACCCAUUCUUCGCCACAUGUCCUGCGAACUCCUAUUUCAUCCACUACAGCCACUCGAAUUGAAUAUGAGCACCGCCCAGUACGAACAUCCAAUGCCCCUUCAUUCAUCCAGGACCAUAAUGGUGUUCUGUAUGAACGAGUUGUACGAGAACAUGUACCAGAGAAAAGCUCUCAACGUUUUGCCAACUCGUCGCCUCUUCACCCAUCUGCUGUUACCUUGGUAAGGACACGACCUUCAUCUCCUGAAGAUGUCUAUUAUCGUGGAAAUCGGCACAACGCCAACCUUCAUGACGAUGGUCAUAAUAUUCUACCUUCAAUUGAAGGAAGUGAUGGGCUUCCCUUGUCUCCACGAGAACGUCGUGUUGCCUUUGACAGGAGUUCCCAACCCCGUGACACGCAUGACCAGAUUCAUGAACGUCGGAAUCUCCGAGAUCCGAUGGUCGUUGAGUACCCACAGGGGAACGACUUUGCACCCAGACGUCGGCUCGUGGAACAAGAUGAUCAUCGUCGCCCCAUUCAGCAGCAUCACACACUCAGAGAAGCCUCUCCUGUGAGAUAUGCCGAGCCUAUUUAUCGUUCGCGAGACGAACCAGAUCCUCCUCGGUUCGAGACUCUUCCCGCAAAACAUCUUGGCGCUCCAGCAAGCCCUCGACUGUUGGCUGAGAGAUACACUGAGCGCAAUCUAGUACAUGAUUUCCGUAACUUACCUUACAGCAGCACGAAUGUUGAUAGAGCCACAUUUGUUGCGGAUGACUCACAUGUGAAUGGGCCUUAUCCACGAAGUCUUGCCCCGAAACACGAGUAUGGUAUUGGCCGUACCGCACUUCCCUCUGCAAGAUUGCCCCAGGAUGUACCUGAGCAGCGACCGUUGCAGUACGGGACCCGCACCUAUGAGGUAGCGUUUGAAUCACGGCCUUACGACAACCAUGUUGCGAGGGAACGAAACAUGGCUGUUGGUAGAGAGUAUGUGCAACCCUUUCCCCAAGAAACGGGUGUGUGUUAUUCCUAUCCGGCCGGAACCAUUGUGCGUGAGGCCCUCGAACCACUUCCACGCCAGCAAGCGGUACACUAUGAGUAUGCGCCAGGUCCAGCUCGGUCCCAUGCUCUUCCCAGUUUUCAGUGA